AUGACGAAUAAGGGAAGGCAAGAAGAGCGGCCAAGUGGCCACAGAAGAAUGGGCCAGAAGGUAAGUACUAGGAACGUUUCCGCGGAAGUCGGAGCAUUCAUCGACUUGAGCCCCGACGAGAAAAAUGGAACGAACGACGCGAUUUACCUAGGUAGUCGGCGAGUCUCGGGGAUAGCCCAACCUGACCCGAUUACACACGCCCACACCCGCACAUGGCCAUACGAAAAGACCCUUGUACAACACAACACAGCGCCAUCUUUGGGAUCGGAAAUGAAAUCUUUCACCAGAACACCGACUGGAUUCUACGGAUGCUCCGAAGACGAACUUCUCCACAGAUUUAGCUUCACAUGCGACACGCUUCCCACUAGGAGAGCGGAGUUUGAGGAGGCGGUCUUCCAGAACACGUGUAGCCUUUACGCCUUUCGAACCCUGGCCGCCUACAGCGCCCGGUUCGCUUGCUUCCGUUUUUGGCGGUGA